GUUUGCGUAAUGGUGUCUGUGCGAGAAGCACUGCGCAAAGCUGAGCUUAAGCUUUUCUUCAAUCUUUGGCAGAUUUAGCCUUUGAAAAUGACUCUUCAGAGGUUUUCAAAGUCAGUGUUACGUUUGUCAUGUCUGUAUACGAGAGCUGAACUUGUGCCACAUGUGCCAAAGGAAAACUUGUCAAGGCUUCUUAGCCUCAGCAGAAGACGCCACACAGUUCGACACCUCUCGUCAACCAGGCUGAACCAAUCUCAGGCUAGCUCCAAGGGAACACAUGAGGGUGCUGCAUCCUCCGACAACGCACCGCCCUCAGCCGUCGGUCACCUCCUCUUGAUUAUUCCCGCUGCAGCGUUCUUUUUGGGAACGUGGCAGGUCAAACGACGGAAGUGGAAGCUGGGGUUAAUACGAGACUUGGAGGCACGCACCACGGCUGCGCCGGUACCACUCAAUUCUCUGGAGAAAUCUGAUCUGGAGGCUCUGGAGUACCGACGUGUGACAAUCCGUGGAGAGUUCGAUCACUCCAAAGAGGUUCUCAUCUUACCCCGUACCCUGAACAAACCUCAGGCAGGGGAUGCUGGGAGUUUGAUAUCCAGAGGGGAAUCAGGUGCGCACGUGGUAACUCCAUUCUAUUGCCCAGAUUUAGGCGUGAGUAUCCUUGUGAACAGAGGGUUUGUACCCAAGCGUUAUUCCAACCCAGCUAGGAGGCAACAGGGCCAGGUUUCUGGGGAAAUUCAGCUGGUAGGACUUGUGCGAAAAACUGAAAAGCGAGCAGCUUUUGUCCCCAAGAAUGACAUAGAUAGAGGGCGCUGGUAUUACCUUGACCUUGAAGAAAUGUCAAAGGUCACAGGAGCCGAACCUGUUAUGAUUGAUGCUGAUAGUUCAUGUGACAUACCCGGAGGUCCUAUUGGAGGUCAAACAAAGGUCACCCUACGAAAUGAACACUUGCAAUACAUCAUUACAUGGUACAGUCUGUCCUUUCUGACUGGCCUCAUGUGGUACUUUGGAAUCUUCAAGAAGAGAAGGAUGCUUGGCAAACCUGCCCUGUAGUUCGGUAAAAUUUAUAAAUCCACUGUAAACCUAGAUUAAUAAUAAUAAUAAUGAUAAUUUGGGAGGCUAAUCAUCCUUACUCACAGCUGGUAUGCUGAAUUGCGGUACAACGUGGUCGGGCCGCUGGCACGUAAAGGCGCCUAUGGCUGCCGGCCACAUCGACCCUUAUAUGACCAUAAAGCACGGCCUGAGAUCGAAAGUGUUUGAUUUUUCCGGAGGGAGGAAAGCCAGAGGGCCCGGAGAAAAACCCUCGUGGCACAGGAGAGAACCAACGCACAAUUUUACUGUGAUCCGCGGCCAGGAUUCGAACUGUGGUCACCUUGGUGAGAGGCGAGCGCUUUACGCACAAGCCUCCCAUGCCACCCAGUACCUUUCGUACCUUCUCCAAGCUAACACUCUUUGCCCCGCCCUUCCCCAUGUCAAGCCAGUGUUUUAUGAGAAGCAGGCGUAAGGGGCGGGGCAAGGGUAACUGUUAUGAAAUGGGUGGGGUGGAGACAAAAUAGGGGCGGAGCAGUGAAUGGCACUUCAUCUUCGGGGGGGGGGGGGUUCAUGGGCAGGGUCGAGAAUCAUAUUCAGCUACUGAAUCAAAGUUUUGUGCAUGACCAGAGUUUGAACGAAAAAAUAUAUAUAAACAUGUAGUGAAACAGGCGAGAAUGGUUGGGUGGACAGUUGAACGUGGCACUGCUACAACGGGUUAUGUGUCCCCCCAAAAAAUGACAGGCAAUUUAAGAGAAAUUUAACAAAAGGAGUCGGUAGUACUUAGUCUCAAUGUACUUCUUUGUGGAUUGGUGAUUUCCGUAAACGGUCUUUAAUGGAUCAUCUUUAAAAUGUAAAAAUGUCUUUAAGAAAUUAAUUUUUUUUAUGUUUCUGUUCAUCAUGCUUCAAAAUUAAUACUUAUAAAUUGAGUGAAUGUUUUGCAAUUCUUU